AUGAUGUGAUUUGGGCAGCAGCGGUGUGUACCAUGUCAGUGGAGAGGGUAAUGUGAGGCCGGCCCUUGUUGAUUUAGUCGUCAGCAGCAGCGGUGCCAGCAGGCAGAGGCGCAGCCAGUCAGAGUGUAAUAACACCGCGAAGGGGAUCAGCAUGUGUGCCGCUAUGUGGUCCCGAUUACCGCGGUCUGGCCGUGCUCUACCACGAGUCCUGCUAGGCCUAGGCCUGGCUGUGGCCGCGGCUAAAGUUGCUGAGGGACCCGAGGAGGAGGACCGGCAGGGAAGCAGGAAAAGCCGCAGGUGCUACGAUCCGGCUGUAGCCAGGAGCCGAGAGUUGCUGAGGCGGCUGAAGGAUGAAGUGGGAUCUCCAGGAAUGGUGGUGGGUGUCUCUGUCGAUGGAGAAUCUGUUUGGACAGAAGGGCUUGGCUUUGCUGAUGUGGAGAACCGGAUUCCAUGUUCACCAGACAGUGUCAUGCGCAUAGCCAGUAUCAGCAAAUCCUUCACUAUGACGGCAUUGGCAAAGCUUUGGGAGGAGAAUCGGCUAGAUCUAGAUGCACCAGUACAGAAGUAUGUACCGGAGUUCCCGGAAAAGGAGUUUGAAGGUGAAAAGGUGACCAUAACAACCAGGUUAUUGGUCUCUCAUCUAAGUGGGAUCAGGCAUUAUGAAAAGGAUAUCCAGAAAGUCCGGAAAAUAAUUGCCAAGAAAUCCUCUAAGAAAGCAUUAUCUCCAGAGAAGACCCCGGAGAAAGUAUUGUCAGAGGAUGCUGCACCUACGAAAGCCGGGGAACACUGCAAAAACAAAAACUUAGAUACAAAAAAUUCCCAGAAGAGUUCUCCAAUUGUACCAGAAGAGUAUUAUAUAAAGGACAAGUUUGAGAGUGUGAUAGAUUCUUUGGAGCUGUUUAAAAAUGAUCCUUUGGUUUUCAAACCAGGGUCACAGUUCCUAUAUUCCACUCAUGCCUGGACCUUGCUAAGCGCUGUGGUGGAACGCGCCUCAGGGCAAGAGUUCCUGGAUUAUAUGCUGCAGAUGUUCAAAGAUCUGGGUAUGAAGAACACUGUGCCUGAGGAACAUGAGCCAAUUAUAUACAACAGAGCCAGAUUUUACAAUUUCAACGAGAAGAAGCGUUUGGUGAACAGUCCGUAUGUUGACAACUCCCACAAGUGGGCAGGUGGUGGAUUCCUAUCCACUGUUAAUGACCUUCUAACAUUUGGAAAUAUCCUGCUGUACAGUUACCAGGCACAGGGAACAGCCACAAUUUUACCAGGAUACCUUAAACCAGAUACUAUUUCCAUGAUCUGGAGACCAGUUCCCAAUACUGAAAUGAGUUGGGACAAAGAUGGAAAAUAUGCUAUGGGUUGGGGAACUGUGGAAAGAAAGCAGGUUUGUGGUCUGUGUAGGCACCAGAAACAUUAUAUAUCGCACACAGGAGGGGCAAUCGGAGGAAGCAGUGUUUUACUAAUCCUACCUGAGGAAGACUGUAUUCCUUUGCCAGACAGCCAAACCACUCCACCAAAGGGUGUGGUGGUAAGCAUAAUAACCAAUAUGCAGAGUACAGGGCUCAACAGCACAGCCCUAAAAAUUGCACUGGAAUUUGAACAAGCCAAGAUGGCCACACAGUCAUGUACUAUGCAGUUGUAAAAAGAAAAAAUGGCAUCUGUAAUCAACAGUCAUGUGAUUAAAAUCAUAUUUUUAAUUGUGAUUAUAAGCGUAAUUUUGUAACUAUGCAUGGACUAAGAAAAUGUAUUUUGAAAUAAAGGAUCAUUUCUCAUG